AUGAUCGCGGCCGGUAUCGCGAAAUUAGUUGACGAGGGUAAAAUCGAAUGGACAACACGGGUACAAACAAUUCUCCCGGAAUUUGUCCAUGAUAAUGCUCGUUUUGCAAGAGUCGUCACAGUGGGUGAUCUCCUAGCGCAUCGAUCGGGCUUGGACGGAGUCGCUGCACUCUGUCUUGCCAUGCAGGGAGAUGGCGAGAUGCUGGUCCCCAACGAUGCAUUUUUCCAAACCGUCCAACAUAUUCCAUGGCCUACACCACCACGACAGAGUUGGUCCUACUGUGUGUGGGGAUAUUCGAUCGCUGCUUAUAUUAUUGAGAAAAUCAGCGGUCGUCCACCUCACGAAUACCUCGAAGAGGAACUAUUCGUGCCCCUGGGAAUGGACCGAACCUCACUGCAACCAAGAUUCGAUCACCUUGAAAAUGUGGCUAAGCCAUAUGCCUCCCUCACCAACGGCAAUGCUCAUCUGCUGAAACAUCGGCAGCAGUUUGCUGGCACAUUCUUUGAAGGUUCAGGUGGCGCAUUUACAACAGUGAAUGACCUCUUACUAUGGGCAAAGGCAAUGCUAGCUGCCAGUCAAGAGGCAAAGGAUACAGAAAAGACAAUAAUCAAGCAGGGAUCCCACCUUCUGGGCAAUCAGAUCUCUAUUGAAAGCACUUGUGAUUCUGAACAAUCCUAUGGCUUUGGAUGGGUUCGUUCGCAACUCCCGGGUGCUGUCGGAGUAGUCGGCGACAAUGCAGACAUCUGGGGACCUUCAGAACUGCCUAUUUUCGGGGCCCGCAAUGCACCCCAGCUGAUGAUUUAUCAUCAAGGAGCAACAGUUGGAUACUAUUCCUUCCUGGCGUUAUUUCCAGAAACCCAGUCUGCUGUUGUGGUCCUUACCAAUGCGAUCGCAUUCAGCGAUCCGGCAGAAUGGAUUGGACGUAUCAUUAUACAGGGCCUCUUUGAUUUUGCGGAACCGAUUGACUAUGUGGACUGGUCAGAGAAAAGCAAGGAAAAAGAAUCGAACAGUUUAGAUCCCUCCACAACACACUCAACAAGGAGCGAAUGCCUGAUCCUCUUCCACUUCCUCUUGAAGCAUACGUGGGCAGAUACUACAAUCAGGAGAACAGCUAUACUCUAG